GAUUGCACCACUCUGGACAGAGGUGCCUGUGAGCCUUACAGAACCUCAGGAUUUUCUCAAAGACAGCCACAGAGGAAGCAGCAGACAUCAUGGGGUCCCUUUCACUCUGUUCUCACAGAGGACUUGUCCACUGGCAAGGACUCCUUCUGGGUGUCUCACUCUUAAACUUCUGGUGCCUGCCUGCCACAGAACAACUGGUCAUUGUGUCAAAGAAUGUUACAGAAGGGGAAGAUAUUCUUCUACGUAUCCGCAGUGAGAUUCCCGAUGCUGCAAGCCUCAAAUGGUACAGGGGGAAAGGUGUGAAUGAAGAGCAUAUCAUUGCAUUUUUUACCCAAAACUCAAUAUACCAUAUAAGAAGUCCUGCAUAUGGACGAGUGACCGUAAGUUAUGAUGGGUCCUUGAUGUUAAUGAAUGUCACCAGGAAUGACACAGGAAUAUACACCGUAGUACUGGAACGUCCACCUUUAAAAACGCUAAUAGGAUACAGACAGCUUAAUGUAUAUGAGCCUGUGAGUAUGCCCACCCUCCUAGCCAGCAAAACCACAGUCACAGAGAAUAAAGAUGCUGUGGUCAUGACCUGCUAUUCAAAUGAAAUUUCUACCCAGUGGUUGUUCAAUGGCAUGAAUCUUCAGCUCACAGAGAGAAUGAAGCUGUCCGAGGACCACAGAAGCCUGACCAUAGACCCUGUCAAGAGAGAAGAUGCUGGGAAUUACAAGUGUAAAGUCUCAAACACCAUCAGAUCUGUUGAAAGUGCACCCCUGGUGCUGACUGUGAAAUCUGAGUGACCCCUUUCCCCUAAUAUGUUGUUAAACUCUAAAUAAAAU